AUGAUAAAGGAAUUAAUUGCAAUUGAAAGAAAAUCCUCACAUUAAAAGCUUGAUAUAAGCGACACAAUAUUUGCUAUCAUAGAUGAAAAAAUGAAUGCUUCAAUUAUGGAUUAAAUUCAUUUAAAAAUUACAUCAAUGAUGUAAGAUUAUAUUAAUUUUAGACAGUCCACUGCAUGA